AUGAGCGAUAAAAGGCCAAAUGAAUUUUAUAAAAAAAAAUGGUAUUUAAAUAAAAAGAAAUCAACAAAAGAAGUCAACAAAAGUAUUAACAAUCAAAAUAAUGAAAAGAUAUAUCGAUCUUUAGAUCCAAUUGAGAUAAAUAGUGUAUUAAAUACACAUGACUCUUUUGUGAAUUUCAAUACACCUUAUUAUGGAUGGAAAUUAUUUUUUCCUGAUGAAGAAUAUGAGGAUAAUUCUGACACUGUCAAAAAAAUUAAAGUAGUGGAGGAUUUUAUAAACAGGCAUCAUCGCUUAUUGUCUUUUCUUUCACUAGAAAAUUUAGAAAAUGGAACAGUGUUUGUAAUUGAUGUAUGUGAAAUAUACACUGAUAAGAACUUUUUAAAUGAAUGGACUGAUUUUAAGAAAAACAUCUAUGAAAAUCCUAUACACACAUUAAAUUGUUUCAAACUUGCUAUUCAUCAGAAAGUAAUAAGUACAGUACCAAACGAAAAUUUAAAAAGUUCCAUGAAUAUUAUAAGUACACUUUCUACUGUUAGAUUAAAAAUAUUAAAUUAUCAACCAAUUGUAUGUCUACAAGACUUGAAAGCAAAUUCUUAUGGAAGAUUAGUGUCUGUUAGAGGCUGUGUUAUAAGAGUAGGUCGUGUGAAACAUCUUGCAGAAUGGAUUGUUUUUGCUUGUCGCAAGUGUCAUUUACAAAAAAUAGCAAAACAGCCGCAAGGGAUUUAUACAGUUCCAAAAAAAUGCAACAUUUGUGGUACAUCUAAAUUUCAUCCAUUGUUAGAUUCAUCACAAGUAAAAAGUAUUUCUUUUCAAAUGAUUAAAAUACAAGAACUUUUAAACGAUGAACAGAAUAAUAAAGGUAGUAUGCCUAGAGUUCUUGAUGUUGAAUUAAUGGAUGAUUUAGUUAAUACUUGUAUGCCUGGAGAUGACAUUACUUUAACAGGAAUUAUAAAGGGUACUAAUAAUACUAAAACACGUAAUAAAAUUUCAUUUUCUUUGUAUAUGGAAGCUAUUACUAUAUUUAAUAACAAACAGAGAUUUCAAAGUAAAAAUAUUGUGGAUAAUGAAAUGUCAAUAAAGGAUUAUUUAGCAAUAAAGGAAGUCUAUAAUACACCAAAUAUUUUUCUACUAUUGGUACAUUCUUUGUGUCCAAGUAUAUAUGGUCAUGAAAUGAUCAAAGCCGGAUUGAUAUUAAGUUUAUUUGGUGGAAAUGCAGAGCAUUUAGAAUUACGAGACAAUAUACAUAUUUUAGUUGUUGGUGAUCCUGGUCUUGGAAAAUCACAAAUGUUGCAAGCAUGUUCAAGAAUUGCUGCUAAAGGCGUAUAUGUAUGUGGAAAUUCAAGCACAUCCUCGGGAUUGACGAUUACGCUUACAAAAGAAAAUAAAACUAACAACUUUGCUUUAGAACCAGGUGCAUUAGUUUUAGCAGAUAGAGGCUGUUGUUGUAUAGAUGAAUUUGAUAAAAUGUCUAAACAACAUUCGGCAUUAUUAGAAUCUAUGGAACAGCAAAGUGUAAGUGUUGCUAAAUCAGGAGUAAUUUGUUCUCUUCCUACAAGAACUUCCAUUCUUGCAGCAGCUAAUCCAGUUAGUGGUCGAUUUAACAGAAGCAAAACAGUACUACAAAACUUGAAAAUGAGUUCACCUCUCUUAUCACGUUUUGAUUUAAUAUUUUUAUUACUAGAUGAACCAAAUAAGCGUAUAGACGAUUUAUUAUGUAAACAUGUUAUGUCGGUUCAUACUGGCUUCAAUACAAUUAAUAGAACACAAACGAAUGCCUCUCAACAUACAGACAUAGAUGUAACUAAUUCUACAUUAAGAGAUAGACUUGCUUCUUUUAUAACUGAAAGUAUCAGUGCCAUUCCACAAUCACUUCUUAGAAAGUACAUUUCAUAUGCACGUCAGUAUGUUAAACCAAAGCUUACUAAAGAAGCGGCUAAAGUACUACAGAACUAUUAUCUAGAACUUAGAAGAAGAAGUGAUAAAUUUAGUGGUCUGUCUGUUUAUAAUAGACAGUUAGAAGCUAUGAUAAGAUUAACUGAGGCCAGAGCAAAAUUGGAAUUACGUACUCAAGCAACUGAAGCAGAUGCUUUCGAUGUAAUAGAUAUUCUACGAUAUACAUUUGAUAACAGUGUGGUUAGUUGGCCAUCGCUAAGUAAUCACAAAGUAACCGAUAGAAAAGUCAAAGAAUUUAUACAAUUAUUAAAAAAGGAGACGUUUUUUGAUAACACUAAAACAUUUUCUACAAAACGAUUACGAGAAAUCGCUUCGGAUGGGAAAGUUAUAGUAAAUGAUUUUUCUCAGUUGAUUGAAAAAUUAAAUGAAAGUGGUAUCUUAUUAAAAACUGGAAGUAAUUCUUUCAAAUUUAUUCCAAACUAG